UUCCAAAUUUAUUCGGUUAUAAUCUUUAAAUUUUCGUGUAGUCAGCAAUUCUUCGGUAAAAUUGUAAUUUCUGCUUGUUGAAAAUCCGAAUUUUUUAAACCGGAUUUUCUUUGCAUUUGAAUUAAAUACUUUUUCAUCUGUUUGAAUUGCUGACUGUACAAUAAACAGCUGUUUGAAAAUUCAGUCAAUUUCUCCAGUUCGUGGUUUUACCUUCCUGGUGAAAUAUGAAAUUUAAUAAUGGAUGUGGGAAGGAUCGUCAAGUUCAGGUAAUUGGGUAAAAUGGGAUGAGAUGCGUGGAUCAUUGUUCAGGUAUUAUUGUAGGUAUUUUAUGUAUUUGCGUAAUUCGUUGUCGUAACACUACGACUGAUCAGGUUGAAAGUCGAAGACUUCGUUUUGUUUUAUAGAUGAUUGAAUUUCAAAUGUGUUUACUUUAUCGAUUUGGUAAGUUCCAAGAUCAGGCGCAUAGCCAAACCGAUCGUACUGUAUGUACCUGCGCCGCCAAUUUAUUGAAUUAUUCGAUAAUGUUUUUGCAUUUUCCCCCAAUUUACUUGCAUUUUCUUUGCAAGGUACCCGAUUGUUGGUUCGAAAGUUUCGUGGAUACGUUGAUAAAUGAAAUGACGAGUGACUAGCGAGUCAUUGGCAGAUAUGUUCAUCAUUUUAUCUAUUUAUUCCGUUGCGAAUUCGCCAUGAAUUUCAAAAUCAGAGUAAUCCAUCCAUUUAAUUGGACAUUAUUUUUUUCUUCAGGGAAGACUUCAGAAUCCUCGAAAAAACAAGUACCUCCUUACCUCCACUUGUACAUAGAAUGUAGAUAAUGAGAGAUGGUAUAGUAGGCAAUCGUGCAAACUGCAAAAUGCAAAAAUUGCGAAAACAAGAAAAAAAUUGACGAAAAUGGAUGAUUUUUGUUAAUUUUUUAUUGUUAAUUUGUCAAAGCUGAAGUCGACCAGUAUGAUCAAUUGAUCAAUCAAUCGAGUCACGAGUGGUAGUUUUUUGGUUUCUUGUUUUGUUGUUUCAGUUACGGUUUGGUAGGUCAUUGCAGGUCGAGUAGGUUUUUUGUCAUUGUAAGGAUGGAAAUACUCGUUCUUUUUGUUAUUGACUCUUUCGAGUUUCGAGAGUCUUCUGCGCACGCCGUAUGCCGUAUCUACUAUGCGCUGCACAUGGUGCUGGAGGACAUGUGAGCUUUUUUUCUUAUCAUCAUAGUGAAUACGAAAGUUCGAAGUUGGAGUUUUGAUUGAGUCUGUAAUUGAGUCUCAGAAAAGUUACCCAAUUUGUGGUUGGUUUAUGAGAAGGAAACCCAGACCAGAAGAAACAAGUGAUCAAAACUUGAAACUGCUUGAUACCAAUUGGUAGUUUGAUUUUUUUCGAGUAUGAGCUAUCGUAAACUACUCCUACUCCUACCUUCCUGAUUUGUGGCGAUAUCAUCCGAGACAAGUGGUUUUCAUCAUGUCUCAAUUACCGGCUUGCCAAGUCUGUGGCUGUUUAUCCUAUAAUAAAGUUUCUGGUUUUUACGUUUGCGCAAAUUGUGACACUCAAUCGCAAGAAAUACAAGUGCAGUUAUUCGAUUUUAAUAUUAAUCAAAGGCAAGAAGAAGCUGAAGAACGUGAGGAAGUUGCUUCUCAAGUAACGCAGAAAGAAAGACCGUUAACUUCAUGGGAAAUUUAUAAUAUUACUCUGAAACAAAUCAUCGAAGAACUGAUCAGUUUGGGAGCUUCGUCCCAACUAAAAGUAGUUGCGUUUCAGAUAUGGGCCACGUAUUUGCAAAAGGCUAACGUUGCUUUUUUUUCAAAGCAAAUUGAUAAAUUACCCCCUUUACCGUUGGGGUUUAAAUCUAGUGAUGCUAAAAUUUUAUAUGGGAUAUCAAAUUUGAGAAAAUUGCUUUACAAAGAUGUAAAGUACAAGAAAAAGAAGAAGGAUGACGAUUCGGAAGUCGAUGUUAAUGUGGAUUCAUCUUCUACGUCUUCCAACGCCGAAUCGGUGGUAACGUUGAGAAGUUUACGUAGAAAGCAACGUAAACUUGCACAAUCAGAAUUGAGUGAAUCUUCUGUCAAUGAAGAGUCGAUGAUUUCUCAUAACGAAUCUUUGCAAACUUUAGGCUCAGAUAGAAAUAAAAGAAAAAAAAUAAAACAUAAGACAGUUUCGUUCAAAUCUACUACUCGAAGAAUUUUAAAAGACAUGAUAACUGCUGUUAAAAAAACAAAAGAUUUAAAGAAAAACGAUAUGCUAUUGCGAAAAGUAAAACAUGCGGUUGAGAAGCGAAUCAACGAUCCUAAACGUAAUCCUGGUGCUGGUAGUGAUAUGGUAAUAACGUUUUCUACCGUUAUCUCUGUUAUACGUAUAGCACUAUCGCUCCUCGGUGAUGAUAUUCAAUUAGGCGAUAUAAUGAGGUGGAUCGGUGAGGGCCAUGUUUCGUAUUCUUUGAAGAAUAAUCCUAUCUCUUCUUCGGAAAAUUCUGAUGGAUGUGAAUUAGACUUGAAAAUUUGUAAUAGAAAUGGAUUUCAAACUGAUAUUGAAAAUGUCACCAAAAGUCUCGGUUUUAAGGAUAUACCCACUCCUAAUUUAUACAAUUUGGCGGACAGAUAUUGUCAAGAGCUGUGUUUACCAGACGAGUUCGUGAAUUACGUUCACGGAAUAAUGAAUGUUUUUGAACCAAAAAUGAAUUAUUCGGAGUAUGACUAUAGGAUAUUUCCGAAUUAUGAAUGCCGUGUCUUAGCCUAUAUUCUGUUCGCCUUCAAACUUCUAUUUUCUUUGGAUGGUAUCACUGAAAGAAAACAGUCAGAAUUUGCUGAUCGUGUCAACGAAUUACAUUCCACAAAGACUGAACUUCCGUCGCUAUUUAGCUGGAAUGCCUGGGUGCGAUAUAUCGAGUGUCGUAAGGCAAUUCUAUCAAAAUAUGAUCCUAUCGUUAAUAAUCAUGCUUAUCAAGGACGAAUCGACAAUAAAUAUACAUUCUUGAAGCAAUGGAACAAAUUGAAACGACAAACUCCUCUACAAUCUUUACCUAUCAACGAAGUUUUAAUUACUUCGGUUACCGACACCUUGAAAAAAAUCACUUGCGAUGAAGAACGUACGCUGAAUAUAGUGUUUCCUGCGUCGCUUACUCCUCAAACAGCGUGUAUAACUCAUUUACAAAAUAAUUAUCCGCAAUUAAUCGAACCUGAUGCGAGAACAAUAUUGGAAAAUAAGUUCACCAAUUGUUCCAUACUUCAUUUGUUAGAUCAUCAGUGGUGUCAGGAUAUUGCUGCAGCGUGUGACACAGUCGUCAAAUUCGUUGACGGUAUCGCUGAAGUAGAUACAAAGUCGUAUAAGGAUGAGGAAUCCGAUAUACCCAUCUUGUCUAAAUCUACCACUGUCCCGGCCUAUGCACCGACAAAAGUUCGAGUCAUAGACGACGAAUCCGCUGGAAGAAAUCGAUCGGUUCAUCGCCCUCAAAAAUGUAAAAAUUUCAAGUAUACUUUUGAAUCAUUCGAAGAUCUCGAGCCACAGUCCAACUCGGCCGAUUCGUUUAAAAUUUACAACCCGGCAGCGCAAUAUUGGUUUUUUCACGAAUACUCUCGAAGCACGUCUAAUGAACAGUUCAAAGAACUAUCCGAAAAUAAUUUAUCCGAAUCUUUCAAUUGGUUGUUAAAAGAGUUGGCUAAUAUGGUGAUUAGCGACGUUAAAGAUUUAUACGAGGAAUUGGCCACUAUAGAAGCAGUUAUGUAUUCGAUGUUCGUAGAAGGAGAUUAUUCCUACCAGUGCCCUUUUACUGUGUAUCCAUUGGAAUGGUGAUUUGUCGUUUUGUAUAGAUUUUUUCAAAUGCCUAAUAAAUUGUAUCUCGUUGUUUUCGUUUCAUA